GUUCUAGUUGCUUUGCUUUACUUCUAGCGAAGACCAGUGCUCAAUUAUAAUAACCACAACAAAACCCUUGAUUUCUACUUCUAAACCCCAAUUUUCUCUCUCCUCCAUUUUUUCUAGGUAAUUUGCAGACUUUGAGAAAUAUGGCAAAGCGGCUUAUUCCCACUUUCAAUCGCAUUUUGAUUGAGAAAAUUACUGCUCCCGCCAAAACUAAUACUGGAAUUUUGCUCCCAGAAUCUUCUAGCAAGCUCAACUCUGGGAAAGUAAUUGCCGUGGGCCCCGGGAGUCGUACCAGUGACGGGAAACUAAUCCCUGUGAGUGUGAAGGAGGGAGAUACUGUUCUAUUGCCUGAAUAUGGUGGCUCUGAAUUUAAGCUUGAAGAUAAGACGUAUCAUCUGUACCGGGAAGAUGACAUUCUUGGAACUCUACAUGAUUGAGUGUGAUUCAGUACGAUCUUCAGGCCAUUUUUAGGAGCUUCCCCCCACCCCCAAAAAAAAAAAAAAUAUACUAAUAAAAAACCCCAGAAAGGGGUCAAAGAGGUCAAUUGAUGAGGUAGAAAUACUCUCCUUCUGUAACAAUACCAGAACCAAAAUUGGUGAUUAAAUUGCAAAUUUUGGGAAUAUUUUCAUGUUAUUAUUAAUUUGACAAUUUCUGAUCACUGUUAUGGAAUUAGUAUGGUUUGGUUU